AUGCUGGCCUUGCUCGCCAGCUUGCCGAUGUUCGCGGGUGAGGCCAAGACGCUCCUCGCCGCCAAGGAGCGUUGCGACGCGGCAGCCUCGGCGGCCGAGGCGGUUGUGGCAGCGGAGGCCACCCUGGCACGUGCCCAGCAGAGGGCCGAGGAAGCCACGGUGGCCCAGAUCGUCGCGCAGCAGGCCCAUGACAAAGCGGUCGCUGCUGUCGCGGCCAAGGCAAACAUCAAGCAGGUCCCCGGCGGGUACACUGCAGACGACAAGCGCGUGGUCUUCGCCGUGGACGACGCGCUCUUCUCCGACCUCAGCGAGUUCGACGAGACGCAGCAGGCCGAGCUCCGCGCGUUCGAGGCGGAGAUCAAGCAGAGGAUCGACCAGGUGGCGGCGAUGCAGGCGGAGGUGCACGCGCAGUACGACAAGGUGCGCGCCCUCCGCAACUCCCCGCCGAAGCGCCAGCGGGCCAAGGAGGACGGCCUCAAGGCGGCCCUCGCCAAGGCCCGCUCCGACUCUGUGGCCAAGGCGAAGGGCAAGGGCUCGGCCAGUGCUUCGAGCGCUGGUUCCGACUCCAAGCUCUUCUUCGCCAACAUCUCCGAGUGGGGCCCCACCGCGAAGGGCUUCAUGAGAGGCCAGGCGCCCUCCUACGACCUCGUCGCGUUCUGCGAGACGCACGUCCUGGGAGAGCAGCUGGCCACCGCCAAAUCCGAUCUUGGCAAGGACGGGUGGAAGGUGACGGCCACCCCUGCAGUAUUGACUGGAAGGUCUGAUGCUGGCAACACAGGUGGAGAAUGGGUAGUCUCGCGCAAGUCAGUCUGCACCACCUCCUUCGAGUCCUGGCGCCAAGCAGAGCUUCAACGCACAGGUAAAGAUUGUUUCCGAGGAUUCGCUCCUCUCCUGUGGCACACGCGCGUCGGCAACAUAGUGGUUGUCUCCUGUUACUUGCUUCCUGGCCACAAGUUCAAGGGCCCGAACGAGCAGAUGCUGAUCCGCCUUGCCUCGUUCUUGAAGCAGAUCAAAGAUCCCUGGAUCCUGGUUGGCGACUGGAAUGCGGUUUCGUCUGAUUGGUCCAAGACUGCCUGGAUCUCCAAGCUCGGGGGCAACAUCUGCGUGCCCAUCAACGGCCAGGUCACGUGUAACAAGGGCCGCGGCUCCCUCAUCGACUACGCGAUCGUGAAGGAGGGCCUGGCCGACAGCAUCCGUGUGCAUAUUGUCCCUGAGGUCCCAUGGCGUACGCACGCUGGGAUAUGCGUCACGCUCAAGGGGGGCAAGAAGGCGUGGUGGCAUCGCAGCCUCAGAGCCGCCCAGCCUCUGCCGGCACUCCCGAGGCCUGUCCGCGCGGCUGACCCGAACAGCAAGCGGCAGAAGGCCAUCGCCCAGGCGAAGCAGCGCCGCCGCCAGGAGCUCGACGACUACCUGCAGGAGGCGUACGCCGACCUCUACGACCACGAUGAAGCCCCUCCAGCACCAGCUGCAGGACCUGCGUUCAACAUCCCCUUGGAGUGCUGGCAGGCCGCCAAGGACAAGCCGUACGAAGGCACCCCCGCACAUCGGCCUCAUUUCCUGCUCGAUCGGGAUCCCGAAGUACGUGGCGAUGUUGGCCUACGCUACGGGCGAUGGGUCCAAGCAGUGGAGGAGGCAACGAUAGCACACCACGAGCUUCCAGCAGGUGAUGCCAAGAAGUGUCGUGGCAGGGCACAAGGAUACGAUAUUGAAUGGAAAAUCACGCGAGCCACCCCGUCCAGGCCCCACUUGAGAGACCCGCUACUCGAAUGGUGGAACCUGUGCACGUCACUACUCUCGAGAUUGGGCAUCUUCCGACGGACGGCUCGAGUUCACGACAACGCCUACACGAUGACCAAGCUCCUCGAGUUGCUGGACGUUGGCCUGGACAGCGACUUCCAGAAGCCCUUCGGCGACGACGACCAGUUCUGGACCUGGGUUGCGGCGAUCCAGCAGAUUGGCACUGCCGACGAUGAGGAGUUCGACGCCAUACUCCAGCAGGCGGAGUCCUACAAGAGCAGAGCCAUCGGCCUCUCGUUGUCCAAGGCUCGCAAGGGAUUCCAGGCCUGGGCCACCAAGAUGUGGAAGGAGUCGCCAGGAAUUCUACACCGCCACGUGAAAGGGGUACCUGACAAGCCCGACGAGAUCAUUGCUGACUCCAAGGUCUUCGCCACCCCUGAUGAGAUGAUGGACAAGCGUGCAGAUGAUUGGAACGAGAUAUGGAGCGACGACACGAUGGUCCCUGCCAAGAUCAUCGACGGCCUCCAGUACGUCAUGGGCAGGGCCGACACCCAGGACCUCGAGCAGCUCACCGCCGAGCGCAUGAACAGCGCGCUGGGCUCCAUGAGUGGCAAGAAGGCCAAGGGGGUCGACGCCAUGGGCCCCAUCGAGGUGCAGCGGCUGCCUGCUGAGGCCCGCCAGGAGCUGCUCGAGCUGGUGAAGCACAUCGAGCGCGUCGCCAUGUGGCCGCACCAGCUCUUCAUGGCGAUCGCCGCCGUCGCCCCCAAGCCGAAGGGGGGCGACAGGAUCCUGGGCCUGCUCCCGUUCCUGCCCAAGUUGUGGAGCAAGAUGAGAAGUGCUGACUCCCUGGACUGGACGGUGGCCAUGGACGAGCAUUGGGACAGCGAUCCGUGGCUCGUCUGCCCUGCAGGUUUUCCUGCUCUCAUCCUCGCGCUGGAGUUGCAGCUGUUCCUUGCCCCGCGGCACCUCAAGGACAGGCUCUGGCUGAGCAAGGCGAUUCAACCUGAGAAGAGUCUAGUGGCAGGCUCGCUGCAGAGUGGACGCUUCGCGAAGGCGUUCAUGGGCCCCAUGCUGGACAGGGCCCACAUCAACUACGGGCUCAGGAUCCUACUCCGCACCUUCGUUGACGACACGGUGGUUCGGGCAGAGGGGACAGCGCACGAGGUCGGCUCGCUGAUGAUCGACUCCUGCACGUCCUUGGCCAGCGACUUCGUGGACGCAGGGCUCAAGAUAAGCCCGAAGACGGUGGUCGUUGCUUCGUCCUCGAGCUUGGCAGCCCGAAUCACUGCCGGCCUGAUCGAUGUUGGCAUCCCUGUGACACCUGUCCGCCACGCUGUGGACCUCGGUGCUGACACGACCUCGGGCCGAUCACGGACCAGAACCAAGGCGAGGGAGCGCUUCAUGAAGGCCAAGAAGCGCACCUCCGCCAUCAUGAGGAUGAGGCGCCACGCCAGCCUCCGCGGCAUCACCAAGGGCCUCUGGAGCAUGGGGUCCAAGCCGCAGGGCACCUACACGCACCAGACGUUCGGAAUCCCUGGCUACGAGCUGGUGCAGAUCCGCCGCCAG